AUGUCGGCCUACGAAUGUGAUAUAAUUUUUAGACCUGGAAAGAAGAAUAGCAACGCGGACGCCCUUAGCAGACUGCCGUUUAAGAUCGAGCCGAGAUCGACGCCGAUACCCUGUGAAGUUGUACAUUUGAUGGAUCAGUUGUCCCGAAGAUGUAGUGAAAAUCAAACAAUGGACAAUGAGAGUCCCGGUGUUAGCACAAGUGUACCAAACCAUGCAUGGCUAGCCAACCACCGUGCAAGAGGACAGAAUCAAGCCAUAUUUUACUCGCAGAAACGAAUCGGGUGUCCAGGAAGGUUGUAUGUUGUGGGGAUCGAGAGUGGUGAUACUUCUUCUGACUCUUCAAGGAGGAAGUCAGGUCAUCGAUAUCAUGCAUGAGCACAUCCUGGUAUGUCAAAACUCGUGGCUACGUCUGGUGACCUGGCUUGGAUAAAGUGAAUGGGGAACGAGCAAGAAAUUGUUCUGCAUCAUGACAUAUUCAUCAGAAAGUACCACCAAGAGCACCUGUGCAUCCGUGGGAAUGGCCGCAUCAACCAUGGCAGAGGAUUCACGUGGAUUAUGCUGGCCCACCAGCAUAUUAAUUUUUGAUGCACACUAAGUGGUUGGAUAUUCACCUGACCAAUUCGACUAAAGGUUGAGAAACUACGAAUGACAUUUGCAAGUCGGGGGCUACCCGAAAUGGUGGUUUCAAUAAUAGUCCUGCUUUCGUAAGCAACGUAUGAAUUUCUGGUGAAGAAUGGAAUGCGACAUGUGAAAUCAGCCCCAUAUCACGCAUCAUCAAUGGUGUAGUGGACAAGCCUUAAACAAGCAAUGGAGAAACAAAAGGGAACUUUGCAGACAAGAUUGUCGCGAUUUCUGUUUAAGUACCGGAUUACAUCACACACUACUACCGGCCAAGCUUCAGCGCAAUUACCUUGAGGGGAGAGUUACGUUCUUAUCUGACGUUGGUGCCGCCCGACACCAGAAAAACGUACGGUACGAUAUGCUCAAAAUAGACAAAAAUUUCAACAUGAUCAGCAUUCGAAGCCAAAUAAUAUUUUGAAUGGAGAUGAAAUUUGGAUACGAAGUUAUGCAACUCUCGAUAAGUGGUAGAAGUGUUUUGUAAAAAUAAGGAACAAUUUGUGGUUACACCAUGUUUAUAAUUUAAUUCUUACAGUAAAAAAUACAAAGGUUUCUUUAGGGCUUUGUAGAUGGAAAUUUCGAGAAGCAGUCUUCUGGUAAGGAGAUAGACAAAACUGGACCAGUUUCUGCAAAAAUUGAAAUGGAAGACACAAAAGUGGUACGAUGACAUCACGAUCAGAUCGGUCAGACGCCAACCACACCUAAAACUGUUUUACAAGAUAAUGGCAACAUUCUUACUGAAGGUGAUUCAAAUGCAAGUCAACAGAGCAUUCCAUUGAGGAAUCGAGUGAAACUAACUAGACGUUAUGUUACAAGAGAGCGUCUGCAAAAACUGAACAAUUAUAUGGUGCGACUUUAAAUAGUUAUUAUCAAUUAGUAUAGGUAAUCAUGCGAUGGCGAGUACAAUUGGGGAUUAAUAGUAUGAGUGAUGUUUGGAAAUUUUGCCAAAAUUGUACGAGCCGCCGGGGCGAGUCCAAUUUGGCAAAUUUCCAAACAUCACGAGUACUAUUAAUCCCUAAUUGUACGAGCAACAUUGCAUGCUUACUUGUUUAUUAUUAGCAUGACAAAAUUGGAUACUUCUCAAUGUCAAAAUUGGAUACUUCUCAAUGUCGUAUUUUCAUUUAGUUCUCUUGUUAAAGCAAAAUCUGGUGCUGUUUGUCUUUCCAUCUAGUUCCUCUAGGGCAAUUUCAUUUCACAUUUGUGUUUAAAAUACCUUUCCGCCAUUUUGUUUGUUUUGGGAAAAUCAUUAAGGUUACAGGACACCUUUUUUGGCGUUUUGUGGAAAAUCGCUACUGCGCGCUCAAAAUCAGUCCGAUUUUCAUCAAAUUUUCACCAAAUGUUAGCCAGUGCAUGCAAACACAAUUUUGAAACUGACGUCUUUAGCUAUGUCCUGUGAAAAUUUGAGAAAAAUUCGUUAAAACCCGCAGGAGCACAACUCGUUCAAAAAUCAGUAAUUGCCGUAAAAUUCUUCGCGAGAAAAUUGAAUUUGAAUAUUACAUUUUCAAUGUUUUUCUUAUUGCAAGCGAAAUGUAUUUUAUUAAAUAACGCGAGUUUUCAACAGUUGGUCAGAUAGUAGAACUAGUCUAAUGCUUUCAUGGAAACCAAUAAAAAAAUUUUAGGCAAAAUUAACACUCAAAGGUGUUCUGUAACCUUAAUUGUACUGCAGUGCAGUACAAUUAAUGAAAUAAUUGUAGGCUACUCCUCUCAACCAAUCAGCAUCCAGUAAUUUAUUUUGUCAUGCUAAUAAUAAGUUAGAUUAAUAAGUUGUUUGAAAAUUAAGAUAGAAGAAAAAAAAGGACUUAGGAGGGAGGAAUGUAGAAACCGUUAUUAGUCUUGUAACCAAAUGAGUGAGUGCCCUACAUAAACAGACAUGGUAAUAUCUUUAUGUGAAUAUGGCAUUAAUCUUGUUGUAGUUUGUUUAUCUACCGAAAACCAUGCAAAAUACUUAAAAUACUAUAUUAAUUUCAUGAGAGGAUUCAUCAUAUAUUAUACCUAUCAUAUAACUAAACAAUACUGAACGAACGUAAACACUAAAUCUAGCUAUACGUUCACCCACUACGGUCACUCUAGUAGUAGUAAUAUCAAUUAAGAAACUUUUGCAUUUACAAAAUGGUUCAGUCGAAAAAGGUUUUUACUGAAAUGGCGCUAUGUCAGUGACAGUUAAUGCUAAUGACGCGUCGACGCGACAAUGAUUUGUGUGCCGAUUUUAGUCUAGAUGUCUUAGAUUCACAUUGAUAUCAGUAGAAAAAUUAAAUAACAAGUCAUUUGACGACACAUCACCAACUGGGACGUGCUUUAUGUUGAUAUACAUUUUUCCGCGUAGUAUCACAACCGAAACAGGUUUUAAUCUGACUUUUCUAUGCUGGCUAAACCACAAGGUUAGCACUAUUUUCCAUCCAGCAAACUGACCUGACGUCAUUUUCGGAAGAUGGAAGAGGUGCUAAAUGGCAAUAGAUAACAAGACGCGGACGUCAAGAGGACGUGAAAAUGACGUAUGCACCUCGCGUUCACUUCCGGGUUUUAAUCUGGGACGGCUAGGCUUGUUUGUCUUUUUCGAAGCAAAGUUUUGUUUUCUUGUUACCUGUUCAUUCCUGUAUUGUUUUCAAUCAGUUGUAAAGAUAUGUGCAAGAAAAGGCUAUAUAAUACUGGCCAAGUGCAUGUUUCCUGAUGAAUUAGUAUGAACAUUCAAUAAGUUUUUUUUUAGAAAAAAACGUUAUAUUUCUGUAUUUUGAAAAGAGAACUUUGUUGCAUCAUUUGGAAUAAAUACAAUACUCAAUAGCUGCAGGUAUUGUUUACGAGCUAAAUGCUUUAUUGUAGCCUAUUCAAUCAAGUUUGUCAACUGUUCAGUAUAAAUAUAGCAUCAGUGUUUAUAUUGGUAAAAUUUAAUACUGUUUACGAUAGUUUUUCACGCUGGAAAGCGUUUUUUUGCUUGUCCUACUUUUUGCACUGUUGUGACAGAGGCAACUAAAAUUGAUUGAGUUUUUACUGCUUUCUAUUUUCCCACGUUUUCCUGAUUUUAAACAGUUGUUAAUAUAACUUCAGUUUAGUUUGUUCUAAAAUAUUUGUUUUGGUGAAGAUUACUAGCGGUAUUGAAGUGGUUAUUAACAAUGCUUGCAGUUUUGUUGAUUUGUUUAUGGCGACCGAAAGUAUUUGUCGAAAAUCAACUCGUCUAAAAUUUAGCGAAAUACAAGAAAAACAACCUUGUCAAUGGAAACAUUUUAGCUAGUAUCAUUAAACAAUACAUGGGGAACAAAAUAGGAUGAUUUUUAUUAUGCAUAGUCUCAUAUUUUUUUCAAAAGAAGCAAAAACCUGUGACGUUCUAGAGAGUACGUGAAAAUUGUAUUUUUGCGUCGUGAAAUCGUCCACUAAGACGACGUCGCAAACCAGAAGCUGACGAUAGUUGGCGCCAACUGACGACAUCCACGUCCUCUUGACGUCCACGCCUUGUUAUCUAAAACCGUCUAAAUGUGACCAACCCAAACCCUACCCCUGUUCUUACCCCCGACCCUAACCGCAAUCCUAACUAUAUAACCCUAAAAAAGAUAUGCGUUGGAGCAGCUGCAGUUGUCAGCUCAGCAUUGCUUGGGUAUUUCUUAUACAAGAAUUAUUUUCAAUCGAAAGAGGUAUGACCAUUGAAAAAUUGUCAAACCACAUUCGAAAAUCUGGCAAUCAUAUACUAACGAUAUUUUUUUUUAACAGGACAUCGAUGAAGAAGAAGAUGAUUCAUUUAAAACUGAAUCAAAUUCAGCCGAAAUGAAUGAAACUCAAAACAUGAAUUCAACUGAAGAUGUUACCGAAGCUGAAAACGGGAAUUCGACUAAAGUCGUUAACGACGCUGGAGCCAGCAACACCAGCCAGUGUUCAAGCCAGCAUCAAUCCAAAAAUAAGGGCAAAAAACCACCGAGCAAGUCUACAACAGGCUACAUGGGCCUUCGCAAGGGUUUCUUGCUGAAAUAG